UGUUUGCAGGUAUUCACAGGUCUCAGCUUUCUUCCUCUUCCCUCCUUCCUAUUGUUGCACAUUCCCUCACUGAGAGAGGAAAUCAUUUUUCAAAGACCCAGGACCUUUAGCUCACACACAGAGAAUCUGCUAGCUUUCUUUCCUUCGCCCAGGGAUCCCCGUCUACCUGCCAUACCUCCACCAUGACUUCCUUCCUUCUUCCCCAACCGGGAGGCAUCGACCUCAGCCUGCCGACAUGUGGAGAGAUUCGAUGCAGCGACCACGGUUCCUGUCUGAGUGAACCGGGGGGCGGCACCGGGUUCGUGUGCAGCUGCGACCUGGGCUACCAGGGCGAGGCCUGCGAGGACACGGUCAACGGGGCGCUGAGCCUCCCGCUGACCCUCAGCGUGCUGGCCGUCAUCUUCGGGGUGCUCAUGGUGGCUUUCUUCGUUGCCAAGAUAAGCCAGAAGCAGAAGAAGAGGAACAGGAAACAACAGGCAGCAAAACAAGGCUACAACAUCGCUGUGUAAUUUGGAUGAAUCUCCAUUAUCUCCGAGGUCAAACAUGGCAUUGUGGCCAGUGAUACGCUUGAGCUUCCACCAGCAUUCUUCUGCAGCACGCUUACAGCGCAAUUUGUUGAAUUUAGUAAAAAAAGGACAGAUCAGAUCCACCAUUCUUUCUUGAUGACUGGUGGCCCCUCUUCUACGACUGAUGCUGCAACAUCAAAGAAACCCAAAUACUGAAAUAUUGAACUGAACUUUAAAAGGAUUGACAGAGACACAACUUCACUGCUUUGUUUCCCGUGUAUCAUUUGACGACGACAGGCAAGUCAAUCAUGUCAAAAAGCCAGCGUGUAUCAAAGAGCUUUCAAGCUGUUCAUUUAGAAAGGCAACAGGAGACUGACUAACAGUAUGUUUACAGGUAUGUAUUUGGCGCCAAACUGGAUUUGGGCCAUUAAAAAUGUUCCUUGCAAACACAGCAGCCACCUUUUUAAACUGUUUUCUAUAUCUCUGAGAAUUAGGUUGACACUACUAUUAUUUUCUUACAAGCACAAUACAAUGUUUGAGAUGUCCUUGCUAGGGCCCUGCAUUCAUCACCAGCUUUGUAGGUUUGUUUGAAUAUUUAUAGAAUUUUGAUGAGAUACUGUGGCUCACUAGUGCUCAAGAACAAUGAUUAAACAUAAUACAAAAUCCUAACCAUUAAUCACAACAUUACAUGCAACCAUUUUGGUGUAAUAGUAGUUUUCACACACUGAUUGCAUUUUUCACAUUGCAAGAAAUGAACAGACUAAAUGAUCGUGUCUUUGGCAGUUUAAAUAGAAAUGUCACAAUCUGCUUACCACACAUUUGUACUUCCCUAAUCACAUUUCAUAUAGCUUAUUUCCAUUUCCUAUUGUGUCCUCUAACACUGGCUACAUCAGGUAAAAUAAUGCAAAUCAGUUGCUCUCUGACGCAGCAGUUGCUUCUUUUUAAAUGCAGAGAAAGCUGAGCCCAACAGUAGUGAUUCUUGCUGGCCUGUUUUUGUACUAUCUGCUAAAAGGAGUGACUUUUUACUGGUAUUAAAAACAAAAAUGCUUUCCUCAGCAAUCAAUUUCACACAGGGUAAGACGGGGAUAUUAACCCGAUUGGAUUUGUCGUUUAUUUUAGUCACUCUGAGUAAGAUAGCCAGUGUUAAGAGCUUUUUAUGCUGUAUUGUCUAUUUUUUUCCUACACUGCUGAUUGAAUUAAUGUUUUAUAUGCUUUUUGUAGUUCUUGACAGCCUAUAGCAUCAACAAUACCCAACACUUUAUGAUAUUGUCUAUCCCUCUGUUUUUGUGUUGCUGGAUUACACAACAAUUCCAUGUAGUCAGACAUGUUUCAACAAGCUGAUAUGCUCAUAGAAGGUGAUUAUGUAAUCAUGUGUGCCCCUGUGUGUGUACAAAACUGGCUGAAAAGUAUGUAAUUCUUCUCUGUCAGAAGUUAUUGGUCAGAACGACAAAGGUAAACUCUUUUGAUAUAUCUAUUUGAAAUAUUUAUGCCUCAUUUAUUUAAGAGAUGGAAACAUUUUAAAAUAUUUGCACAACAAAUCUGCAGUAAACCACCAAAACUAAGGAUUUUAUUGCUGAUUUUCCACUCUACUAAACACAAAAGCUGGAGAAAAAGUGCCUUUUAAGUGUACUGAUCAAGAGGAGUCCUUUUGAAAGGUGAAUAUACUAUGCCAAUAACCUGAAACUGAAACUUGUGCGCACACCUCCUCAGAUCCUGUUUUACUUCAUUUUAAAAUUCUUCUCUUGUCAUAAAUGUUUGACACUGACAGUUUAAAAUAAAAGCCUGAUAUAUCUUGUC